GCUGCCUAUCGCUCCCCGCAGAUGCAAUUUUGCAGUAGUCUCUCUCUCUCUCUCUCCCUCUCUGUUGCUUUUCUCUGUGGCUAUCGUGGAGGGUGCUUUGGAAGGAUAAGCGCGAAGCACAUCUGAGGAUUCAGAGAAACACCGGACAAAGUCUGUGGACGGUUGAAGAGCAACAUAUCGUUUUUGUUUUCCUGUUCCGUGUGUGAGCAUAUGUGUGUGCAUGAGAGAGAGAGAGAGAGAGAGAGAGAGAGAGAGAGAGAGAGAGAGAGAGAGAGAGAGAGAGAGAGAGAGAGAGANGAGAGAGAGAGAGAGAGAGAGAGAGAGAGAGAGAGAGAGAGAGAGAGAGAGAGAGAGAGAGAGAGAGAGAGACUGUGAAGAGAGAAUCGUUUGAGGAGAAGAGUUGCUCAAAGAGAGAAUCAUCAUGUUGAGUGAUGCAUAUCGGCAGCGUAAGCGGCACACAUUCUACGACAGUGGCGGGAUCGGCCCUUCACCACAGUCCAAGAGGAAACGCAUUGCCCCGGAGGCUCCCAGACCACCGCUGUCAACGCCGCGGUCCCCAGACAGGUCCCAGGCUGCCUUGACAUCCGCAAUCAAGUAUCAGCUGCCUCCAUCACGAAAUGGAUCGCGGAGGUCGUCGAGGGUGUCGCUUCCUCUGCCAGGGCAACGGAGCGUGCCAGAGGCAUUUGAAGCCUCUUCACCAUCUCGAUCGCGCGGAGGCCUUUCUCCGGAGCCUCCUCAUGCACGGGACCGGACGAAUGACCCGGUCAAGCACAUCCUUCUCAACGCAGCGCGAAUAAGUUCAGGAAGGUUGGAUUCAGAGACAGAGGUGGCCGGCGGCAUUGGAUGCGGCAGGGACUACUUCUCUGCCAGAGGGGGAAGGACGGCAAGUUGCGCUGCGGCUGCGGUGGUGGAAGAUGUUGAUGGCAGCAAUGGCCGCAUGCCCUCGGCAUCGCUGUCCGCGCGCAAGGUCUCUGAUUUGCCUGUCGUCGAGGAGAAGGAAAUGCGAGAGGCAAUGGAGAAACUGGUACCGAAGCACUCGAAAGAGAGGGCAGAACUCAUGCAGUCAUAUGCGCCAGGCUAUGGCCGGUGGAGAACGCGGUUGAGAUGCGGAUUCAGCCUGCUUUUCUACGGGUUCGGGUCCAAGAAAGCACUUUUAGAGAGCUUUGCAGCAUCAGUCUUGACUGAUGGAUCGGCUAUUGUGGUCAAUGGGUACUUGCCCUCUGUCAAUAUCAAACAUGUCCUCACAACGGUUGCGGAAACCCUGUUUGAACAAAUGUAUGGUGGCGAUGAUUACUCUCGUGGAGCAACGAAGGCGAAGCUUUCAGCCAUCACACAAAGCACAGAUAGCAUCUUGACUUUCAUUGAACUGGCUGGUAUCAGCGGCCACCAUUUUGUAUAUCUUAUACUACACAAUAUAGACGGUCCCGCAAUGAGAAGCGCCGAUGUACAGGAAGCCCUGAGCCAAGUGGCAGCCUGCAAAGCUGUGCACGUGGUCGCGUCGGUGGACCAUAUUCAUGCUCCUCUUUUGUGGGACAGGCAGAUGUCGAGCGGGCGAUUCAAUUGGUGGUGGCAGCACACGCCAACAUAUGCGCCCUAUACUCUAGAGACAGCGUAUAUUCCACCGCUGCUUGCAGCUCGGGGCGCCGAGCAAACAGCGCGCAGUGCCAUUGUGGUUCUUCAGAGUUUGACGCCGAAUGCACGCAGUGUCUUCAAUGUCCUUGCCAAUCAGCAGUUGUCACAGCCUGAUGAAGCAGGAUUGCCGAUGAGCCGACUCUACACCUUAUGCCGAGAGCAGUUCCUUGUGAGCAGCGAGAUGACACUGCGCACACAUUUGACAGAGUUCCGCGACCAUGAGUUGGUACGGACACGCCGUGGAUGCGACGGGCAGGACUGCUUGUACAUUCCUCUGCCCGCGGAUGCCAUUCGACGGCUGCUUUCUGACAUGGACUGCAAGUAAGGGGACGGUGUCCAUGGAUCUCCGCCGCCCAUGCGGGUGUGACACGCUUAUUCUGGUUGCCAUCUGUAUAGCCGGGAAGACGUUGCAGAUCACUGAAUGAAUGCAGUACGAUAGGCCGGAUGGGGCUCUGUGGUCCCUGCGUACCCGUCGUCCACACGGCUUGUUGCUAUUCUGUUAAUGCUCGCCAUCAAUAAGGCCUUAAGACACCGUCAUGGGUGCAUCAAACUGUGCUGUAUAUGCUACGUGUAAGUGUUUCCCCCCCCCCUUCAGUGCCUGGCGUGGAUGAGCUUUAUUCAAUGAUGCAUCAUUCAUAAGGUCUUAAUGCCAGGCAUUUCUAUACCGGGACGGCGGUUGGGCUUCUUUGGGCUUCUUGUGUUAUGCUGAUCAGCUGCUAAGUCUCACUGUCUGUGUCACAUCAUCAAGCACCUCCAAAAUUUUAUUCUUAUGUGCUUGAGGGGGUUUCCGACAAGAUAUGGAGACACUGACAUGGGCUGACAUGGGCGCAAAUGGUCCUUACGGACAUGACUGACAUGGGCCCAAAGGGUCCAUGCUCGGCACGCAGUUACGAUGCCAGGGAAGCGCAUUCAUCAGUGAUCGAUGGGCCAUCAUGCUGCUUGGGCCUGUGCGUCUCUGCUGGAGGCUCUGAAACAACUAGGGAUGGUACAGGCACGAAAAAGAGCUUGUUGCAGCCGGAAGCUCCACAUUUCUGUCAGUCGAUCAGUCAGUCAUUUUUUCGUCAGCACAGACUUAGCAGUAAUGAGGAAAGCAGGACCCAAGAAGAGAGAGACUGGUUGGGUCCUGUCAGCCAGUGGACUUGUCAGAAGCCAGCUGGGUCGUAAUGGACAGAUAUGCUUGGACAUGUGCAGUAGCUCGAAAAAACGUGGUCGCUUCUGCCGCCCUCAAUUGCUCGCAUCAGUCAAAAAACUUGUCGUGCGCGAAUGGCUGGCUGGCUGUGUGCAGAAGUGGAUAAUAUUGGAUAUCAAAGUGCUGAAUGACCUACCCCUUGUCCUUGUUUUCACACACGUACCAGCACGUCUGUAAAUUUCACUCUAGAGUCUAAACUAACUAACUAACUAACGAAGCAACAAGUUGGCAGGCACUACUAAUAUUCCACUUGAGUGAUUGGGGCAGCAGGGAUUGCAUGCAUCCUUCGUCUUUUGCUUCUGUUCCUUUGAGGAUGAGAUUAGGAUGAUCAGAUUAGGAUUGCAUGCAUCCUUCGUCUUUUUAUUCUCUGGUUGCUCUCAGGUCAUACUAUUUCAGAACAGAAGAUUUAUGCCUGCUCUUCCUGUAACUACCUGUGUGUGUGUGUGUGUGUGUGGGUGUGUGCGUGUGCGUGUGUGUGUGUGUGUGCGUGUGCGUGUGGGUGUGUGUGUGUGUGUGUGUGUGUGUGUGUGUGUGUGUGUGNGAGAGAGAGAGAGAGAGAGAGAGAGAGAGAGAGAGAGAGAGAGAGAGAGAGAGAGAGAGAGAGAGAGAGUUCAUUUGAAUCCUACUUAAUGCGGUAGUUGCAUUAUUAUACGCCUUAUGCGGUUUUGGUUGUUGGUUAUGGGAACUUAUGGCAGGCCAUGUCUUGUCACUACUUAUGGGGAACUGACUUGGGUCCGCAGGCCGUAAUUGCCGGUGGAAUAGAAACCGGUCUGACGCUCCCCAGAAUGGACAUGGACCUGCAUUCAGAAAACAAAACAAAACAGACACAGCUGAUCGUGACUCUGAUCGCUUGCCCAGUGUCUCCGAGCUGGAAAUUUCAGGAAGAGUCAGGAACAGGAGCGUUUUCUUUUCGACUACUGUAGAGCCUAAUUACGAGGGGGCGCAGCGUGUCCAAUCCUGUCUGGAGCGACAGCUAUAGAGUUGCGGUAGAGUUUGCUCCACCAAGGUAGGUGUAACUUUUUCGUGGUACUCGAAAUGCACCAAACUACUGAGACGUGAUGAUAAGCUUUGCCAGCCCCCGGUC